GUCAGUUGUCAGUUAUUGAAGUUGCGUCAUAACGUCAUGAACGGGUAAAUAAAACCUAAGAAUUUUUAGUGACAAAUAGUUUAUUUUAGUGUUAUUUCUGAAGAAGAAACAAUAUUUUGUGUCUUCCUCAAUGCGGCAAGGUUAAUUGUACAAUGGAUUUCUUGACGGUAAACCGUCAGGUAUCGUCAUCCUCCGAAAAAAAGGAAGAUGGAGUGGAAGUCAAUGAAGGUCUUGUGGUGGACAACUCAAAAUGUGUGCUGUAUAAAAUAGCAACACUGUAUGCUGAGCAGCUGAUGAGUGAUCUGACCCUUGAGGUGGGAGGAGUGGGGUACCCGUCACAUCGGUUAAUACUUUGUGCCAGCAGUGAAGUUUUUCAGGUCAUGUUGAUGAACCGGGAAUGGAGUGAGUGGCGAGAGAGUCGCAUUGUACUGCAGGAGACUCCUACAGCUACCUCAGUAUUCCCACAUUUCCUAAAGUAUUUUUAUACUGGACAAAUUAGGAUAUCCCAUGAAACAGUGUUACCAAUACUUUCUCUAGCUGACAAGUACAAUGUAAAGGACCUGGUGGCUCUCUGUCUAAGGUACAUGUCUCAAAAUAUAGCGCAAGCUGCCAAGCGUGGACAGCUUAUAUCCUGGAUGCAGUACACCAUGGCCUGCGGACAUAACGAAGUUGCUAAGUCAUGCCAAAACUUCGUGAAGUGGAACUUGGAAUGGGUGUGGACGGACAGUGACCUCAGCGAGCUGGAGGGGGAGACCCUCGUACACCUGCUGCAGCAGAGCGACCUCGUUCUGCAUAACGAGAUGAGCGUUUAUGAUUUCGUGGUCCGCUGGCUGGGCAAGCAGCGCGAGCGGCUGUCUGCGAGCGAGCUGUCGGAGGCCGAAGUAAAAGCGCACUGGGAGACACUCGUCGCCGCCGUCUUCUCACACGUCAGAUUCCCGAUGAUGUGCCCCAACCAGCUGGCGAAGCUGUUACUCUGUCCCCUGACGCAGGAACAUAAAGACUUCUUCAUGGAGCGGAUGGCCAUCGCCAUGAGUUAUCAAUCAGGCCAAUUCGAACGCGUAGCAGAAAUACAGCAGACGGAAGCAGGCCGCAUGCUAUUCACUCCCCGCCUGUACACAGAAGACACGUGGGGCUCCGUGCUCGCCGUGGACAACUUCCACUCUCUCCCCUGCUACCACACGAGGACCUUCAUCUUCUCCACCAGACCUUCCAUAGCUGACGUGGCUCCUCAGGACAAGCUCACCGAGUGGACGGUAGACCUGUAUCCUAAAGGUGUCUGGUUCAGAAAGAGUUUGUUGAUCAUCUGGGCUGGGACUUAUGAUGUACCAGAAGUGGUUCUUCGUACCGUGAGGAUCUCCAUCACGUGUCAGAACUGCCCGGAGUUCACCGUCAACCAGUACGGGGAGACGGAGCAGCUGGAACCUGACGUCAGGGUGAAGAUCGGCAUACUGGUAUGGGGUGUGGAGAAGGGAGUCGAACACGUCUCCUCCGUCGUCGAGCGGGUACAUCGGUUUUCGGCACAGAACAGAGUGCUGAAUAUAGACGACGCGUUAGACUUCGACGCAUUAAACACCCCGCUGUACACGCCGUGCUCUCCCCCCGGGGCGACCCCGCCGCCCCCGUCGCGGGACCCCGAGCCCCCCACCCUGCCUGCCGCCGCCCCACCUGGCAAAAGCUACUCCGUUAACAGUGUGAACUCGAAGCGUUGCUACAAGUGCUCGGACUACGAAGUCCCCGAGCCGCGACAUCUGUUGGGACCCCACAAGGACCAGCUUAGGAUACAAGUAGUGAUCGUCCCUCUAACAGACUACUGCCAUGUAGGAGUGAACGACAGCACGCAAGGAUGACCUACAACAGUCCCGCGCGUCUACUGCGCUUUGGGUGUCUCAUACCCUGCAUGAGAGAGACACACAUAUCUCUCUCAGCACCGCCUGCGAAGCUAAGUGAAGGCAAGUUCCAAGGAAUAUUUUCUUUGUUUUAGCUAAUUGUACGCUCUUAAGGUUCAAAAUCGUAUGUAUCAACUUAUAAAGGUCAGCCCGCUGUGGAUAGUAAUUUGUAUUCUACGCUACUAUGUUAAGGUUCGUUAUUGUAUGUCGUUGAUUGAGUACAAG